AUCCAGCUUUGCACUUCGCACUUCUUCUCUCCCUCCUCUUCCUCUCGCUUCUCCACUUCUAGGGUUUUCAGAACGCCGUCUCCAGCCUCUUCUUCGUGUAUCUUCUUCAAAAUCCAUCAAUUUUCUAAUCUCAGGUGAAAUAUGGCAAUGGAAGUUACACAGGUGCUUCUGAAUGCUCAGGCAAUAGAUGCGUCUGUGAGGAAGCAGGCAGAAGAUAGUUUGAGGCAAUUCCAAGAGCAGAACCUCCCCAGUUUCCUGUUAUCUCUCUCUGGUGAACUAGCGAAUGAAGAGAAGCCAGUUGACAGCCGUAAAUUAGCUGGUUUGAUACUUAAGAAUGCCUUGGAUGCUAAGGAACAACAUAGGAAGUUUGAGCUUGUCCAAAGAUGGUUGUCACUGGCCGGUAAUGCCAAAACCCAGAUAAAGACAUGUUUGUUGAGUACUCUUUCUUCGCCUGUGGCUGAUGCUAGGUCAACAGCAUCACAAGUUAUUGCUAAAGUUGCAGGCAUUGAGUUGCCUCAUAAACAGUGGCCUGAAUUGAUAGGUUCACUUUUGUUAAAUGUCCAUCAGCAAUCAACUCAUGUCAAACAAGCCACCUUGGAGACUCUUGGUUAUUUGUGUGAAGAAGUUUCUCCAGAUGUGAUAGAUCAAGAUCAAGUGAACAAGAUAUUGACAGCUGUUGUGCAGGGUAUGAAUGCAUCGGAAGGGAACAAUGAUGUCCGACUUGCUGCCACACGAUCUUUGUAUAAUGCUUUGGGAUUUGCUCAGGCAAACUUUAGCAAUGACAUGGAGCGUGAUUAUAUCAUGAGGGUUGUUUGCGAAGCCACCCUAUCCUCUGAAGUGAAGAUAAGACAAGCAGCUUUCGAAUGCUUGGUCUCCAUUGCUUCUACGUAUUACGACAAAUUAGCUAGGUACAUCCAGGAUAUUUUUGGCAUUACUGCAAAGGCUGUUAGAGAAGAUGAGGAACCUGUUGCACUUCAAGCUAUUGAGUUCUGGAGUUCUAUUUGUGAUGAGGAGAUAGACAUCUUGGAAGAAUAUGGGGAUGAUUUUACUGGAGAUUCUGAUAUUCCAUGCUUUUAUUUUAUCAAGCAGGCACUACCUGCUCUUGUGCCCAUGUUACUUGAGACUCUUCUGAAGCAAGAAGAGGAUCAGGAUCAAGAUGAAGGGGCUUGGAAUAUUGCCAUGGCUGGGGGCACGUGUCUUGGGUUGGUUGCACGAACUGUUGGAGAUGAUAUUGUCCCGCUUGUUAUGCCAUUCAUUGAAGAGAACAUAACCAAAUCUGAUUGGAGGCAGAGGGAGGCAGCAACUUAUGCCUUCGGUUCUAUUCUGGAAGGUCCUGCCCCAGAAAAGUUAAUGCCAAUUGUUAAUGUGGCCUUGACAUUUAUGCUGACUGCCUUAACACAAGACCCAAAUAACCACGUGAAGGACACAACUGCAUGGACCCUUGGACGGAUAUUUGAAUUCCUUCAUGGUUCAACCGUGGAUACACCAAUAAUUAAUCAGGCUAAUUGUCAACAGAUAAUAACAGUUCUGCUCCAGAGCAUGAAGGAUGUUCCAAAUGUGGCAGAGAAAGCCUGUGGUGCUCUCUAUUUUCUUGCUCAGGGUUAUGAAGAUGUUGGUGCAUCAUCUCCUUUAACUCCCUUUUUCCAAGAAAUCGUUCAGUCCCUCUUAACUGUUACUCACAGAGAGGAUGCUGGUGAAUCACGUUUGAGGACUGCUGCGUAUGAAACAUUGAAUGAAGUCGUUAGGUGUGCAACUGAUGAGACAGCCUCAAUGGUGCUCCAACUGGUACCUGUCAUCAUGAUGGAGUUGCACAAUACCCUUGAGGGUCAAAAACUCUCAUCUGAUGAAAGGGAGAGACAAGGUGAAUUGCAGGGCCUGCUUUGUGGAUGUCUACAAGUUCUUAUUCAGAAGCUAGGUUCAUCAGAGCCUACGAAGUAUAUGUUCAUGCAGUAUGCAGAUAAUAUGAUGGGUCUUUUCUUGAGGGUCUUUGCUUGUAGAAAUGCUACGGUUCAUGAGGAGGCAAUGCUGGCUAUUGGUGCUCUUGCUUAUGCAACUGGCCCAGAUUUUGCUAAAUACAUGACUGAGUUCUAUAAAUAUAUAGAAAUGGGGCUUCAGAAUUUUGAAGAGUACCAAGUUUGUGCUGUCACUGUUGGUGUAGUAGGGGAUGUAUGCAGGGCACUGGAAGAUAAGAUUUUGCCUUACUGUGAUGGGAUUAUGACUCAGCUGCUUAAGAAUCUGUCUAGUGAUCAAUUGCAUCGCUCUGUUAAACCCCCUAUUUUCUCGUGCUUUGGUGAUAUAGCACUGGCUAUAGGGGAAAAUUUUGAAAAGUACUUGAUGUAUGCCAUGCCAAUGCUCCAGCGGGCAGCAGAGUUAUCUGCACAUACUGCAGGUGCUGAUGAUGAAAUGACCGAGUACACCAACUCCUUGAGAAAUGGUAUUUUGGAGGCGUACUCGGGGAUCUUCCAAGGUUUCAAGAGCUCUCCAAAAACUCAGCUCUUGAUCCCUUAUGCUCCUCAUAUACUUCAGUUCUUGGAUAGUAUAUACAUGGGAAAAGACAUGGAUGAGAUCGUGAUGAAAACUGCCAUUGGGGUCCUUGGAGAUCUAGCAGACACACUGGGAAGCAAUGCUGGUUCUUUGAUUCAGCAAUCUGUCUCAAGCAAAGACUUCUUAAGUGAAUGCUUGUCCUCAGAUGAUCAUUUGAUUAAAGAAUCUGCUGAAUGGGCCAAAUUGGCCAUCAGCCGUGCCAUUUCCAUUUAAGGCUUUUGCUGGUUGGCAUAUUCUUUUCAUAUUCAGAGUCUUUGCAUGCAUUUGGGUGUGUUGAGUCGGGGUCCAGGAUUGCAUCUUACAAGUCGUCGUCACUUAUAGACAACGGAAGCUGUUCACUCCCAGUUGUCACUAACUCUUGCAUCAUCAUGAAAGCAUUGCUAACUAUUGCAUUAGCAACGUGAAGUCGGUUCAUCUCAUUUUGUCAUGGUGGAAGCGGGAGGAGUCAUCCAUUAAGUACUGUCAUUUAUACAGCUGGGUUGGUUCGAAUGUAUCUCUGAUUUGAGAUAAAUGCCCAGCCUAGAGGGGCUUACCUUUAUGUGGGUCUGGGAUGUUGAAAAUGGAUGAAUGCACAGAGGGAGUUGUUUCCCUUGUUAUGCCCCGCUUAGGCACCCUUGUGCUACUUUCUCUGAACUUCUACUUCCUUUAGCGGUUCUAUUUAAAGAUAUUAUCCAUUCAUAUUUUUGUUCAAAAUUUUCUGCAUCAGUCUUAUGAAUUUCAAGGUCUCGUUGUAUUCAGUUAUUCACCUCUUUCUCUCCACUUCAUAAUUGUACACCUUCUUUGAGAACAGACACACCUUCAUACCAAUAUACCCUUUAGGGCGUCAUUCCUGUAAUGUGCAUUCUUUUUGGUUAACGUUCUGUAGUUAUGUUUCAUACCAAUAUACCCUUAAGGGUGUCAUACCCUUAAGGGCGUCGCUACAGUCUUGAAAAUUGUCAUAUCCCACACGCUCUGUAGUUCUGCUUUGUUAUGACAUUUUGUAUGAUGUACUGUGUUCUUAUAGGAAACAUCACAUGAAAUCUUGCUGGGGAUGAAAUAUUGUAACACUGUAGCGAUAUCAAUGAGAGUUUCCGUGAGAUUGUUUAUGA